AUGAAGACGUUGCACGCCUGCUCGAGGAAGGUUCACAACGAGAUUUUCCUGGUAUGCUUGGGAGCAUCGACUGCAUGCACUGGACAUGGAAGAACUGUCCAAUUGCCUGGUAAGGUCGUAGCUAGCAAAGAUCUUUGGAUAUGGCAUGCCUUCUUUGGACUGCCGGGGUCUCACAAUGACCUUAAUGUUCUACAUCGUUCACCGGUUUUCGCACAACUUGCGGAGGGAAGAGCUUCACCGUGCAACUAUACUGUCAAUGGCCACGAGUAUAAUAUGGGAUACUAUCUCGCCGACGGGAUUUACCCAGAGUGGUCCACAUUAGUGAAGACUAUUCCAGCACCGCGAGGAAACAAGCAUAAAUACUUUGCUCAACAACAAGAGAGCGCAAGAAAAGAUGUUGAGCGAGCUUUUGGCGUGUUGCAAGCUCGAUUUGCGAUUGUUCGUGGACCAGGACGUUUCUGGCAACCUUGUGUGCUGAAAGAUAUCAUGACAACUUGUAUCAUAAUGCAUAACAUGAUCGUUGAAGAUGAACGUGAUUGCCAAUUGGACAACAACUUCGACUUUACUGAUUCAGUACCAGUCGUUGAACCUUCUCAUGCGCAGACGGUGCCUCUAACUGAGUUCAUCCAAAAUCAUCUUCGGAUCAGGAACACGCAAACACACAAAUCACUAAAAAAUGAUUUGAUCGAGCAUCUGUGGCAGCUCAAGGGAUCCAUCGCCGAGGAUUAA